UAUGUUAAACUCUUAACAAAGCCGGUAUUUGGAAAUUAAUGCAGAGGACUGAGGUUUUAAAUGAUGUUUUGAAGACGAUUUGAAAAGAGAAUGAAAUAUUUAGCGAUAUGUGUGUUUAUGACAACUUAUUCCAUGCAACAAUCUGAUGUACAUUUACCACUCCAGUGUGUGAUUAUACAGAAAAGACAAGCCAUUGUUCCACCACAAAGAGUUCCCCAAUUCUUAGUUGGUGACAAAACGGCAUGCCAACAACAUGGAUCAGGACACGAGACUUUACAGUGUGGCGAUACUGAUGUAUACAUUAAAUCUGAGUGUGUUUGUACAUUUUAUAACGUAAAUGAAGCAAAAUACCACGACCAUACGGCUUGUCCAAAUGGAGAGAACUCGGACGAUGUGAAACGAUUAACAUGUAGAGAGUGUGCACUAUUCAGUCUCCACAACAAGGGGCCUUGUAUUAACGGCGGAAAUCUGACGUGUAAGACGGGGGAAAACGUGCUUGCGCCUGAUAUUCAAUGUGACUGUCCAGAUGAUUUUGAAGGAAUGUUUUGUGAAAAUAGAAUGGAGAAUGUGACCAGAAUUUGUGACAUGGUCACAGAACCUUCUUCUCCCCAACUAAUAAACUGCGACCUCACGAAAAUGGAUUGCUUUACAUACAGCGAAAACAAAAAAUAUGCUUUCAAAUGUAAUAAAACAGAGGAAAGCCAGGAAAGAAAAG